GGCCGCCGCACCGGUCGCCCCACCUGCCAUGGAUGGCGACGGCCUCGAAGGGUGGGGUUCACAGCCCUCUGCAAGCUGCCCAGCUACCCAUGCCGAUCUCGACCUCAACUCGCAAGCUUCGCCGUCGGAAGGGUUCCCAGGGCUUGGGUUGUAUGGAGCUUUCCUCCAGAGCAACAACGAGCAGCUCCUCCCUGGGCGCGGCAGGGGCUCCGGGCUCCCUCACUAUCGCCCACCACGUGCUGGAGCAGAUGGAUGGGUGAAUCCGUCGCCAUCCUUCGUUCGGCAACUGAACUUUGGCGGCUCCUCGUCAGCGGCAACCGGUCGCGGAGGAGGAAAUGGUGGCGUGUUCCUCAGCGUGUCGUCCAUGGGGCCAGGCGGCGGCUCCUCGUUAGCGGGUGCCGGUCGCGGAGCAGGCGGCGUCGUUCGGCAGCGAGCCAACUCGGCCGCCGCGGCACCCGGCCGCCGUAACCAGUGCACCGGCACGACGAGCCGUGGCAGUGGUGGCGGCUAUCGCAUACCGCCUCCCCGGGCGCCGCGGAGUGCCCUCCGUGGGCAAGCAUCCGGCUCCGGCACUCCCUUUGACAAUGGUGACGAGGAAUUGGAGGACGAUGUGGAGGAGUUAGCGAGCUCCGGAGGUCCCCUGGUGAGCCAAAGCAAUCGAGCCCACUGGAAUGAUGCUAAUAGUGCUUGCUUGUUAGAAUUGUGCAUUCAGCAACGUGAAGCAGGAACAUAUAAUGGUACAGUGAUGAGUGGUGAAGGGUACCAAGCCGUUAUCGACGGCUUACUUGCUAGAAGGGGGUUGGUAUAUAGCCAUUUGCAGGUGAAGAACCAGAUAGUCGUACUCAAAAACACUUACACUUUCUGGCGAUACAUACAAGUGCAUACAGGGUUGGGGAGAAAACCAGAUGGAACCAUUGAUGCCGACUCUGAGUUCUGGAUAACACACACAGAGAAGAAACCAUACCUACGGAAGUUGCAGUGGGGUCCUCCAGCAAAUGAGGAGUUGCUUGAUCAAUUGUUCAAAGGUUACACUGUGGAUGGAAGCACAGCCUUUGUGCCUGGAGAUGAUUACGGUCAGAAUCAAGGGCAAGAUUUAGGUGUAGGAGAGGAAAGGAGGAGUUUCAAGGAACACCUACAAGCAACCAGAGGAGCCAGAGAUGCAAGAGGUCAACAAGCACUUCGAGCACUUUAACCAGUCCAUUGAAGAAGAGCAAGAGCCCAAUGGUAAAAAUUGUGAAGGACAUAGCUAGUACCUUCAAGGAGUCUGUCGCAGCCAACACUAAGCAAAUGCAGAAACGUGCAAAUGAGAAGGCUGCAUUUUCUUUGAAGAGGUGUCAGGAGUUAGCAUUUGAGUGUGGCAUUGAGCGAACAAUUGACUCUGUCUAUGCUCUGUCCAAGAUGUUCGAAACAGAGUACCAAAGGGAGUUCUUCUGUGGCCUAUUAACACACGAGCUUAGGUUGGGUUACUUCAAGAAAUGGUGCAGGGACAACAAUUUGGAGUAGUUCUUCUGUGGCUGAAUAGUUGCUUGGGAAUGUGUGUGUUAAAAUGUUGGACCUAUUUACAUUGUUGUAUGUUGAACCUAUUUAGUUGAUGUAUGUCGAACCUAUCAUGUGUUUGUGAGGUGUUGAAGUAUUAUCUAUGUUA